AUCCUCCCACAACCUCAAUCCUCCCAUCACCACUUACGACCCCCUUUCCUCCUCCCUCCACCAACCGUCAAAAUGGGUUUCGCCGAAGGUGAUGCUAAGAAGGGUGCCAACCUCUUCAAGACCCGCUGCGCUCAGUGCCACACCCUGAAGGCCGACGAGGGCAACAAGGUCGGCCCUAAGCUUCACGGCCUGUUCGGCCGCAAGUCCGGCCAGGUCGAGGGCUACUCCUACACCGACGCCAACAAGCAGAAGGGUGUUAACUGGGACGAGAACUCUCUGUUCGACUACCUCGAGAACCCCAAGAAGUACAUCCCCGGCACCAAGAUGGCCUUCGGUGGUCUCAAGAAGCCCAAGGACCGCAACGACCUGAUCACCUUCCUCCGUGAUGAGACGAAAUAGACGACUGCAUCAUCGCACCCCUGAUACCAUAACGCCUAGAAAAAGAAGCACCAUGUCCCAUCAUCCCUCCUCAUACACCACUUGUUCUCCUCUCCAUCUCCAUGUAUUAUCAUCAGGCAUAGACACGCAUCACCACACCACCGCUGGAUAGCGGCGGCGCAGCACGCUGCGUUGUUUGUAUAAUACGCAUCAGUUUUUUUCUUCUCUCUCCGUCUCCCGUGCUUGUCAGAAUGUAGACCGUUGUAGACAACAACAUCAAAGUGCCUCUCUGAGCUCAAUACCCAGUCCAUGAAGACCAAUUGCUAGC